GCACCGUCGUGAAUCGCCUCAUGUGUUCAAGGACCUCAAGAUGGCCAUGCUGGCAGAACCCCGCAGAAAGCAGAAAUGGUCUGUGGAUCCUAGGAACAGCGCCUGGAGUAAGGAUGACUCUAAAUUCGGCCAGAAGAUGCUGGAGCGAAUGGGCUGGUCCAAGGGCAAGGGAUUGGGGAAAACCGAGCAGGGAGCUACAGAGCACAUCAAGGUGAAAGUAAAAAACAACAGCCUUGGCCUGGGCACUAGUACCAGUAAUGAGGAUAAUUGGAUUGCACAUCAGGAUGAUUUCAAUCAGCUUCUGGCAGAUCUCAACAACUGCCAUGGCCAGGACACCACCAACGAACCUGCACAGGAGGACAAACAGGAGAACUUCAGCCUGGAGCAGAAGUCCAAGUCUUCCAGGAAGAGGGUACACUACAUGAAGUUCACUAAAGGAAAAGACCUAUCCAGUCGCAGUGAAACUGACCUGGCAUGCAUCUUUGGGAAGAGGUCAAAGCCAUCAAGAGACCAAGAUGAGGACAGUAGUGGUCAAGACUCACAGGAGGAGGUGGAGAAGGAAAGCAAGGCAGUGGAACCAGAAGCGGUGACCAGUAGCAAACCCGAGGAGCCCGAGUCCAACACGGUCACCAGCACUCUGACCAUGCAGGAGUACUUUGCCCAGCGCAUGGCUCAGCUGAAGAAGGCUCGCGCAGGAGCGGCGGUCCAGUCCACUACGCCGAGUCCAACUGACGGCGGAACCAACGGCCUCCACACACCCACACCCUCUACCUCUGAGACCCCAGUGGACAGCCCCAACAUCAGCGACACGGAGCAGCAGACGAAGAAGAAAAAGAGGAAGAAAAAGAGGGAGAACGAUGAACAGAGCGUUGGAGUUGGAGGUGUGGAAGCGAUGGAGACUGUUGUCGUUGCUUCUGAGGAGACUACGGAGCAAAACCACUCCUCUUCCUCUGAGAGGAAAAAGAAGAAGAAGAAGAAGAAGAUGCGAAACACAGAAAAGGAAGAGGAGGAGAUGGCCGUAGAGGAGUGUGCCACACCUGCACCUGUGCAGGAGGACUCCGAGGUGACCGAGAACAUCUCCACAGAGAAGAAGAAGAAGAAGAAACAGGAGCAGGAAGUAGAGGCGGAGGUUGUGGAGGCAGACCAGGGGAACAGUCAGGGCAGUGGAGAGACCAAAGCGGAGGAGACGGGCGGUAAAACUAAGAAAAAGAAAAGGAAGAGAGAGGACAAGGAGGAGCCGCAAGAAGAGGAAGUGCUCGUAGUCGAACAGAAAAAGUCUAAAAAGGACAAAAAAAAGAGAAGGAAAAAUCUUGACUAGGGAUGCUGGCCUAGAAAUGUCUUUCCUAACAUUCAAGUAAAUGUGGUUUCUCUUCUACAUCCCAUCAGAAAGCCUUGAAAAGAACCUUGAGGUCUUCAGAUAGGGUUGCGAUGAAUUUACUUUGGCUUUGCAGCCCAUUAUUUUCAAUGGACAAGGAUGGACUUCUUAAUUGUAAUUGUAACUUGAGUGAUCACAUUUAGUUACAUUUGACUGUAUAAUUGCCCCAGUUGCCAGUUGUUUGACUCCCCAGUGUUUUCAUCAUUAAUCCAUUGUAUUUCUCCUCUCAGAAUGCCACUGCUUUAUUUAUAACCUGUUUGUGACUAUACAAGAAAGACUGGACAUGAUUCCACCAUCAUUUAAACCUCUUAAUCUGUUUUUUAUUGUCUGACAGUUGUAAUUAUUAAUAUAUUAAUAUAUAAUUAUUACAGCUGUCUUUGUAAAUUACUCCAAUUUGGAGACCAACUCUCCUAUGAAAUUGUUGCUAUUAAUGCCCCAUCCACUUCAACCAAAUGACUACCAUGUAGCCUGUAUGGUGAUCUGUUGAACUUGACUUAAUAAAGAUUUUAGUGGCG